UUGACUUUUCAGGCGUUUGGUAUCGAUGAGAAAAGCGGGUUGAUUUACACCAACGAGAGCAUUGAUCGUGAAGUUCAGAGUGUGUACACGGUCACUGUGACGGCACAGGAUCAAGGACAGCCAUCACUCUUCACGUCUGCAGUGGUUCACAUUCGCAUCGCUGAUGUCAACGAUAAUGCCCCCUCAUGUACUUCGGUGACGUCCAUGUUGGUGCCAUUCGAUUCAACUCCGGCGACAACGGUCGGUACGGUAGUAAUCACCGAUCCAGACAACGGCUCGAACGGUACGGUAGUCUACCGUAGCCAACAGUCUCAUCCGCUAUUCGUCGUCAAAAGCAACGGCGAUAUACACCUCCGACGUGCCUUGACCGACUCAGAUCCCACUGACGUGCGCUUGUCGAUCAUCGCUUCCGAUCAGGGUGCGCCACGAAAAUCUACUGUAUGUCAUGUGCAGAUAAAAAUCGGGCGCGGAACGUCUGCAGUGAAAAUCGUCGAGCCAUUUGAGAGGUCGGUUGAGUCUUCUAACGUGAUUGAACUCACAGAGAUAUCGUCCAUUUCAUCUACUUGUCUGUCUUUCUUUCCUUACUCUUUCCGUUUCUUUCUUCUCCGUAAAAAGAUGUUUCUGCCAAGAACCGGAUGGGGUUAG